CUUCUGGCUUCCUUCAAUAAAUACUACUCACCACUUACUAUAAGCCAAUUUUUUAUUUCAUGUCAUUCCUGUAGAGACCUAGCAUCAGACUGCAUGAUGCGCCGUGUCAUAACUAUGGGAAUUUCUUUGUACUGGAUAAGAAAUAUGCUAAUAUCUUCUCAGGGAAUAAAGUUAUCUUAAUAAUGCAGAUAAAAUCUUGUUUCCUAUGUACUGUAAAGUAAUACGAUAUGGUAUUUUGAAAAUAUUUCUGUUUUUGCUUGACUUUCUCCUGCAGUUACCCAAGAAGGCACCUUGCAAUACUGUACCUGUACUUCAAAACUACGGUUACAUCUUUUAAGAAAAGAGAAGAGUUGGAAAAAUCCCAGCAUCGCCAUGGAGAAGGAAGAUAACAGAGUUACCGAGCCUGGAGCAGUGAGCGUGCAGAGCAGUCGCUCAACUGCUCCACAGAUACUGACUCUUAACACAAAUAAGGCUGGAAUGGAAGGAUUGGAUACUGAAAGAAUUAAUGAGAUCAUAAAGACUGCGUCUGAGGGAUCACGUUUUUACCAGCACAAGCAGAGGUGUCAACAACAGUUGGACAACAAGAUACUGAGCUUGAAGCAAGCGGCUGCCUCCUUUACUCACCAACACAUUAUGAAAGCUACUUUACAGGCAAGCUUUUUUAUUAUGGACAAGCCCAUGGCAGUGGGAGGGCUGGGAAUGCUGAGUACGAGCAACUAUGCUGCUCGCAAGUUUGGUGUUCGGGCUGCCAUGCCAGGUUUCAUUGGCAAGAAGCUGUGUCCUGAUCUUGUCAUUGUUCCUCCAAAUUUCACAAAGUACAAGCAAGUUAGUAAAGAGAUUCAUGAAGUUUUCUCCGAGUACGAUGCCAAUUUUUGCUCUGCUUCUUUGGACGAGGCAUACUUGGACAUUACCGAGUAUAUGAACAAAAAUGCUUCACACUAUGAUGUCGACAAACUGGAGGAUAAUGAAAAUGGUAGGUUAUCGAAGGCUAUAGUAGAAGAGAUAAGAGAGAAAAUUUUCAGCAAGACGCAGCUGACGGCAAGUGCAGGUGAAAACCUUGAAAAGGACAAGCCCAUGGCAGUGGGAGGGCUGGGAAUGCUGAGUACGAGCAACUAUGCUGCUCGCAAGUUUGGUGUUCGGGCUGCCAUGCCAGGUUUCAUUGGCAAGAAGCUGUGUCCUGAUCUUGUCAUUGUUCCUCCAAAUUUCACAAAGUACAAGCAAGUUAGUAAAGAGAUUCAUGAAGUUUUCUCCGAGUAUGAUGCCAAUUUUUGCUCCGCUUCUUUGGACGAGGCAUACUUGGACAUUACCGAGUAUAUGAACAAAAAUGCUUCACACUAUGAUGUCGACAAACUGGAGGACAAUGAAAAUGGUAGGUUAUCGAAGGCUAUAGUAGAAGAGAUAAGAGAGAAAAUUUUCAGCAAGACGCAGCUGACGGCAAGUGCAGGUAUUGCUGCCAAUACUCGUCUGGCAAAGAUCUGCAGUGAUAUGAAUAAGCCCAAUGGACAGUUUUACUUGGCUUCUGACCGUGAAGAAAUUAUCAAGUUUGUUUCUACACUACCCAUUCGCAAAGUGAGUGGCAUUGGCAAUGUGAUGGAGCAGCAACUUCAGGCCCUGGACAUAAGUGUCUGCUCACAUUUGAUAGAGAAGCGUGGCCUUCUUAAGCUUCUCUUCUCUGAUAAUAGUUACAACACUUUUAUAAGCAGCUUGGGCUUAGGCCAUACCACACUUGAGUCAUGGACAGAAAAAGACCGCAAAUCAAUAAGUACUGAGACUACAUUUAGAAACACUGCAGAUAAAGCUACACUUUUCAAACUAAUUGAAGAGUUAUGUAAAGAAUUAGCAGAUGAAAUGGAACAGAAGACCAUAGUUGGGAAAGCUUUCACAUUAAAGUUAAAAACUUCCGAUUUCCAAAUAAGAACUCGCACUCAGACUUUACCUGAUGCUACCUGUGCACUUGAUGUAAUGGUUUCUACUGCAAGGCGACUCUUGCAACAUGAGAUGAACACAUCUGUUAAACCUCUUUCAUUGCGUUUAUUGGGUGUACGCAUGUCAGUGAUUAGAAAUUCAUCUGAGAUGGGUCCAAGUCGUCAGACGACUCUUACACAAAUGUUUUCAAGAUCUCUUAAACCUAAAAUGAAUUCCACCUCAGACUUGAUUGGAAGAAUGUUUGUUGAAGAUAAAUUUAAUUGUGAUGAAGACCAAUCACAUUUAAAGAAUUCACACCAGUAUGAUGCUGGAAGUUUUGCACUUGCUACUACAAGUGAAAUACAGUCAUCCUGUCAACAAGACACAAAUUUGAUAACUUGUGAUGCAGUAAAAGUUAACAAUCACUUCAACAUUGGACGACAGUAUGCCAAUGGAGUACUUUCUUGCUAAACCUAGAGAUACUUUAGAUUCCUUUCCAACUAGAAGCCACGAAUGCCCUGAUUUAGGACACAGUAGCAAAAGUAAUGACUCUAAUAAAUACUGUCAGAGUGAAAAUGGGCAAGACUUAAAGCAUUGUGAAAAUCUACAAGAUCUUACAAGUACUAACACAGGCAUGCCAGAGGACCCAAUUACUGAUUUUUUGUGCCCAGUGUGUGAAAAGAAGCAAUUUAAGACUUUAGACUCCUUAAAUAUGCAUGUGGAUGAGUGCCUCAGUUGUAAUACAAUCAGUGAAAUUUUGCAGGAAGGUACAAUACAGCCAAAACAGUCUGGCUGUAACCAAAUUCCUUCCAUACCUUCAGUUGCAAGUUGCACUGAAUGUGCUUCUCAGUCAGAGGUUACAGGGAAACGGAAGGGAAAUAAUUCAAACAAAGGAAAGAAAAAGGUGAAGAUGGGAAGUAAUACAUUAGAGAAAUAUUUCUCAUCAUGAUUAUCUUAAUCUAAUUUAUAUUAGCGUUUAAUUAUAUCACCCUUAUUAAAAUAUUUUCAAAUUGUUGACUGUGCAUAAUUUUGUCGAAAUACAUGAAGAAUAAAUUUAUAUUACAAUA